AGCUCAGUUCAGCUGGCCGUCUAGAAAAGCCCGGGAAAAUCAAAACAUCAAAUAUGGCGGAAAGCAAAACAACAACUGUUUCUUCUACGAGGAAAUCAUCUCAAAUAUCUAAGUUAGAUCAUGAAAGUCUGAAUCGAUAUAUAACAAAAAUUGAACCUUUGGACGGGGUUGACCCGUAUAGCAUUGAUCGCAAUAAAUUAAUUGGAUUAAUGUCACUUUCAAAAAAGAAUCUCCCGGAUUUUAGUUUUGGAGAUAUUUACCAGUACCUGAUCAAUACGCCUAGCAAGUUGUUCAACGGACAGACCUUGAAGGCCUACAAAUCGCUUG